GAGAUGAUUUAUUUCUUUGAAUGAAAUAACCUUAUUUCAAAUUGCCCUAAUGUGGCCUAAUAAGCAAAAUUACGGGUUAUAUUUUGGACACAUCUCAGUAGAGGUUUGGGGGAGAAAAUAGAAGAAGCAGAGAUGCUUACUUACUUCAGAGAGGCCACUGCUCGCCAGUCGCCACCACCACUUCAUGGCUGUGGCCAUUUCACUUGCCCAAGUCACUCUCUUCUCCAAACCCUCCAUUUUACUCCACAGAAAUGCCAUCAUUGGCUUCUCCUUUCCCAUUCCUUUCUCCUCUUCUUCUGCUCACAAGAUUCAGACUCACAAGUGGAGGCAACCGGUGGACUCGCUUCUGGAGCUUGGUGGAGUCAAGAUUGGCAGAGAUGAUGUGGUGAAGGAUGAUCCUACAAACAAUGUCCCGGAUGCAAUUUUUUUGAAACUUGGAAUGCAGCUUCACAGGAGGGAUCAACACCCAAUUGGAAUUCUGAAGAAUGCAAUAUAUGAUUAUUUCAAUGCCAAUUACUCUAACAAAUUUGAUAAGUUGGAUGACCUUUGCCCAAUAGUCUCCACAAAAGAGAAAGUCUACUUCUUGCAGAAUUUUGAUGAUGUCUUGGUUCCUCCUGAUCAUGUCAGUAGGAGUUACAAUGAUACAUACUACAUUGACUCUCAAACUGUCUUGAGGUGCCACACUAGUGCUCAUCAAGCAGAGCUGUUGAGGAGGGGACACACUCAUUUCCUUGUGACUGGAGAUGUUUAUUGUAGAGAUUUCAUUGAUUCAACUCACUACCCUGUUUUUCAUCAGAUGGAAGGUGUUCGUGUCUUCUUUCCAGGUGAUUGGGAGACAUCUGGAAUGGAUGGCACGUCUUAUGCGGCUGAGGAUUUAAAGAAAUGUCUUGACGGUUUGGCGCAGCACUUGUUUGGUAAUGUGGAAAUGCACUGGAUUGAUACAUAUUUCCCUUUCACCAACCCAUUAUUUGAACUUGAGAUAUAUUGUCAGGAGAAAUGGUUAGAAGUUUUAGGUUGUGGGGUGACAGAGCAAGAAAUAUUACAGAAAAGUGGUAAAACAGGUAAUGUUGCUUGGGCUUUUGGGCUUGGAUUGGAACGGCUAGCAAUGGUUCUGUUUGGGAUACCUGAUAUUCGGUUUUUCUGGUCAACUGAUGAGCGGUUGACCUCUCAAUUCUCAAAGGACCAGCUUGGGGUCAAGUUCAAGCCAUUUUCAAAGUAUCCUCCUUGUUACAAGGACAUGAGUUUUUGGAUUAAUGAGUCGUUCACAGAAAACAAUUUAUGUGAGGUUGUAAGAGGAGUUGCUGGAGAUCUUGUCCAGGAGGUGCAAUUGAUCGACAAUUUCACCAACAAGAAAGGAAUGACCAGUCAAUGUUAUCAGAUAGCAUACCGGUCCAUGGAGCGUUCACUUACAGAUGAGAUAAACGAGUUGCAGUGGAAUGUUAGGGAGCAAGUGCAGAGCAAGUUGAAGGUUGUUCUUAGAUGAGAUUUCUGAUGCUGACAACCUAAUUUUACUAUCUCUCUUGUAAGUCUCCUUAUAGACAUUUUCUAUUAUUAUUCUUUUUGUUCCUACCUUGUACAUUUUACAAUUAUCAACAAGAGUUUGAAUUAGUUACAGUUGGGAAA